AUGGCGCGGUUGCUAACCCUCCUGGCCGUCCUGGUCGGCCUGCUGUCCCCGGUCUUCUACCUUCUCGAGCAGAACCUCGAGUCCUUCUACAUCCUGAAGACGGACCACCUGCACGACCUGGCCAAGCGCGGCAUCGCCGCCCAUGGCAACAACACGCGCGAGAUCGUGCGCUACAUCACCGCCGAGCUGCACCAGAUGCACCCCAAGUACAUCAACCUGGACGAGGAGUACAUCUUCAACAACGCCGGCGGUGCCAUGGGCGCCAUGUACAUCAUCCAUGCCAGCGUCACAGAGUACCUGAUCAUCUUCGGGACGCCGAUCGGGACCGAGGGCCACACGGGGCGGCACACGGCCGACGACUACUUCCACAUCCUGACGGGCGAGCAGUGGGCGUACACGCCCGGCGCGUACGAGGCCGAGGUCUACCCGCCCGGCUCCGUCCACCACCUGCGCCGCGGCACCGUCAAGCAGUACAAGAUGCCCGACCAGGGCUGCUUCGCCCUCGAGUACGCCCGCGGCUGGAUCCCCCCCAUGCUGUUCUUUGGCUUCGCCGACGGCCUCAGCUCCACCCUCGACUUCCCCACCCUGUGGCGCACCACCUGGGUCACGGGCCGCGAGAUGGUCGGCAACCUGCUGCUGGGCAAGUUCUAG